UGAAAGGGCGGAAGUGGUGCUGUUGCUGCUAGUUCCUGCACAAGACACUGUUAUUGCUCCUAUCGCAUCGUUACGGACGAGCGGAAAGAAAGAAAGACAGCGAGACAGCCUCCCGCUGCGAACAGGACGUCGCUCCUGAGAGACUCUAGAAACACGUUAUCUGCUGUGGGGGUGGGGAAAAAGGGGUAAACAACGAUCCAGCAUGCUACAGGAGUGAGAUAAAGCAGGGACACCUCCCUCGCACACACCCUGCCUCUUCCUCCUCCUCCUCCUCCUCCUCCUCCUCCCACCGCAAUCUGAAUAAAGAAAACAGAGCAGCAGCAGCAGAAGCACAACACUCACAGGCAUGAUGGGAGUCCCUGUGCUCUGUGUCAUGGUGCUACUUGUCAUGUGUCACAGUCACAGUGUGGAAACACUGGACCUGUCCAAAAGGUCUCUGGAAGACGUGUUGUUGGAUUCCAGCGACUGUGCGUCCAGGACCAAGCAGCCUCUUGUGAUCAACCCUCGCAACUUCACGAUGGACAUCCGUAUGCCCAGUGUUAUCCCUCGACGGUCGGACACGUACCUGUGCAGAUCCAUUCCCGUGCCAACAAACAGAGACCUAUAUGUCGUCGACUUCAUACCUCACGCCAGCAUGAACGUCGUCCAUCACAUGAUCUUGUUCGGCUGCCAGAAGCCCGCCUCCACCAGCAGCUACUGGGACUGUGGCAGCGCCGAGGGCACGUGUGACGACGGCGGCUCCAUCAUGUACGCCUGGGCUCGCAACGCCCCGCCCACUAAAUUACCUAAAGAUGUUGGUUUCAAAGUUGGGAGAGACGCAGGAAUCACACACUUCGUGCUGCAGAUGCAUUACGGAGAUGUCACUGCUUUCCAGGACCACCACAGAGAUUGCUCAGGGCUCUCUUUGAGAAUGACGUCCAAGCCGCAGCCGUUCAUCGCUGGCAUCUACCUGCUCAUGUCUAUGGACGCUGUCAUCCUUCCGGGAAAAAGAGUCACGAAUGCAGACAUCGCAUGCGACUACUCGUCGUAUCCCAUCUAUCCGUUUGCCUUCAGGACACACACACAUCAACUGGGUAAAGUGGUCAGUGGUUACAGGAUCAGAGAUGGGAGGUGGAGCCUGAUUGGAAGACAGUCCCCUCAGCUUCCACAGGCGUUUUAUCCUGCAAACAAAAGCAUGGAGGUGAAGUACGGCGACACCCUCGCUGCCAGGUGUAUGUUUACUGGUGAAGGCAAAACUUCCAAAACCUACAUUGGUGCUACCUCUGCUGAUGAAAUGUGUAACUUCUACAUCAUGUACUACAUGGAGAGCAAACACGCCGUCCCGUACAUGGCCUGCUCGGACACAGGCUCCAAAGAGCUGUUCCAGCGCAUCCCACCCGAGGCCAACGUUCCCAUCCCCGUCAGUCCAGGUCACUCCAUGAUGCACAUGGCGUCGUCAGCAGGUCAUAGAGACGGCAGUUCGCUGGUGGGCAUAAACAACGCAGAGCAAGAUCAAGAUCAGGGUGACCUCUAUUCUCUCAUGUCCCAGCUGAUAGGCCAGAGUCAGAACGUAGUUCGCGUACAUAAGUACGAGCCCAGCCGGGCGCAGAGGGCCCAGGCCGAGCUCAUGGCUCAGAUUGAUAGCUUAAUGCAAAAGAAAAACCUGGGCUCUCCUAGUGCCACGCUGGCCUUCCAGACCAGGAAGGACCCCGUGUUGGUGAGGGACAGAGUCCACAGGUUCCAUCAGCUCGAGGCCACGUCCAAACCGCUGUCAAGCAAGAUGGUAGCUGAAGGACAAGACAACCACCUGGAGCAGGUGUCGUCAUGGCCGCAGGGUUCUCUGCAGCUGGGUCAGGUGUCAGGACUCGCUCUGGACUCAGACUCUAACUUGGUCGUUUUCCACAGAGGGGAUCACCAGUGGGGACCCGGCUCCUUCAACAGUCAGGGUCGGUACCAGCAGAGGUCCCUGGGUCCCAUCCAGCAGUCCACCAUUCUGGUGGUGGACCCGGCCAAAGGCAACAUCCUGAAGGCGUCCGGCAGAAACAUGUUUCACAUGCCUCACGGGAUAACCACAGACAAAGACAAUAACUACUGGGUCACGGACGUCGCUCUGCAUCAGGUGUUGAAGGUGAGCGGUGACGGCAGAGACAGCACCUUGGUGGCGCUCGGCGAAGCGUUCACGCCGGGAAGUGACAGCAGACACUUCUGCCAGCCCACUGACGUCGCCGUGGACACGGACACCGGCAACGUCUUUGUGUCCGACGGCUACUGCAACGCCCGGAUCCUCAAGUUCUCCGCCGACGGCAGAUACCUGACGGAGUGGGGCGCAGGUUCGUCCGACAGGAGGAGGCGCACGCCGUUCCGCAUCCCCCACAGCCUGGUGUUCCUCCCCGACAGACGCGAGGUCUGCGUGGCCGACCGGGAGAACGGACGCAUCCAGUGCUUCAUCGCCGAAACCGGGGAGUUCGUCAAGGAGAUAAAGAAAGACGAGUUUGGAGGAGAGGUGUUCGCCAUCAACUACAGCCCUGCCGGAGAUGGCGUGAUCUUUGCAGUAAACGGAGAGUCUCCGUACCGCGACGCUCCGCUCAGAGGCUUCGUCAUAAAUUAUUCAACCAAGGAUAUUUUGGACACCUUCAGCCCAAAGACAGAGGAGUUUCAAAUGCCUCAUGACAUCGUGGCGAGCAGCGACGGCAGCGUGUUUGUCGGCGACGCGGCGAGUAAGACGGUCUUCAAGUUCACCAGCGAGAAGAAAAUCAGCGAUUGUUACAGCACAGCGCACAGGAGUGCCUCCAUCAAACUUCAUCGCUCUGUCAAGAAAGCUGGAAUCGAGGUUCAGGAGGUCGAAGAAGUGGCGGCGUUCAUCCAAACUAAGCUGAGGCCGGAACCCAACGCGUCGAAGUCCGCCCCUGUUCUCCAGCAGAAGCAAGCCGUGGUCCAGCCUCAGCCUCAGCCUCAGCCUCAGCCACAGCCUCAGCCUCAGCCUCAGCCUCAGCCACAGCCUCAGCCUCAGCCUCAGCCUCAGCCACAGGAGGAGACACAGAAACAGGAGGAGGAGGAAGUGGAGGAGAAGAAGAGUGCAGUGAAGCCAGACAGAGGGGAGGGAACGUUCACCGCCAUCAUCACCACACUGCUCCUCGUCCCUCUGGUGCUCGUCAUCUCCGUCGGCCUCUUCGUCUGCUGGAGGAGAAACAAUCGAUGUGAGGUUAAGAGUGAACCCAGCUCUGUGGGAGGGAUCUUAGGAAAAAUAAGAGGCAAAGCCGUGGGCAGCCUCAACCUGGGGAACUUCUUCGCGACCCACAAAGGUUACACGCGCCAGGGCUUCGACCAACUGAGCACCGAGGGCAGCGACCAGGAGCGCCAUGACGACGACAGCAGCGACUCCGAGAACGAGGAGUACUCCGCUCUGCCGCAGCCGCCGCCGCCGCAGCCGCAGCCACAGUCGUCCUCUUAGGCGCCAACCCGGGGGGGUCACGACCCCCACGACCCCCACGACCCCACGACCUUCUGCUUACAUUUGCCAAGAUGUUUGUUCUUCACCACGUGUGUAACUGUUGUGUUCGCUGCCAAUCUUAUCGUUUACAUAUAUAUAUAUUUAAAUAUAUGCUGUAUAUACAAAUAUUUUAGACAGUUUUAUUUAAUCUUAAUUUAAUUUAUCUGUGUAAUCUGGAUGUGAUUCACAGUCGCGUGGCGAGAGAACGUCCCCCCCGCCCCCUCCCUCCUGAACAUCAAAGCUGAGACCAGGGACAAACGUCAGAUUCAGCCUUAAAAACUAGAGAAAAGAUUAUUUUUUCCUUUUUAAUGUUUCUGCAAGAAAAUCCUGUGAAAGUCCUGGAAUUUAGUUUUAUUUUGGAAAAAGAGAUUUAAUGUUUUUUAUUUGAGCCGCCAAAUGUUUUAGUUUAUUUUGAGUUUGUUUCUACUUGUACUGGAGUCCACACAUUUCCUUAAGACGCUCCAGAGACACAAUGUCCACAAACGUAGCAUUCAUGGUUUUCUGGCGAUUGUCCAGCGAGACUUGACGUGAGAACGCAAACGUAGCGCUGGACAUUCUCUGGAGACUGGGACAUGUCCACUAAAGUAGCUCCAGUCAUUUUCUAGAAAAUGGUCCAGAAGAGUUUUUUAACGUGAGAAUCCAAAUGUGCGUAAAGGUUGGGGUCUGGGUCCAGACAAGUUUUUUUUAUGUGAGAAUGUGAAUGUCUGUAAAUGUAGCUCCGGACGUUUGCUGGAGAUUGUCCAGAGAGAGCGAGAGAGAGACUGUGUGAGAGAGAGACAGCGCAAAUGUCCACUGAAGUCCCACUGGACCUUUUCUUGAAGAUUGUCCAGAGAUGCUUUACGUGAGAACACAAAUGUCUGGAGACGUUUGCUGGAAAUUGGUCAUAUGUGAGAGUGCAAAUGUCCACAAAUGUAGCUCCGGACAUUUUCUGGAGAUUGUCCAGAGAGACUUAACGUGAGAGUGUAAAUGUCCGCAAAAGUUGUUUUGGACAUUGUCUUGAAGAUGGUCCAGAGAGACCUCAUGUGAGAGCACACAUGUCCGCAGAAGUUGUUGCGGACUUUGUUUCUUGGAGAUUGUCUUGGAGAGUGCAUCAUUUUGGACAGUUGCUGGAGAUUGUCCAGAGAGACAGACGCAGAAGUCGCACUGGACAUUAUCUAGAAAUUGUCUGGAGAGACUGAGAAUGUCCACAAGAGUUGCGGUGGACGUUUUCUGGAGCUCAGAAUGUUCCAGAACGUCUCUUGCCAGCUGCCUCGUCAGAUACCUAGAUUUAGUCAGAGUGACCUCGCGUGAGGACACAUGAGGUGAAGGACAGUAUGCGAGCGUUCGAUCUAAGCUCCGCCCCCCUGUCCGGACGCUCCUGACGUUCUCCCGCUGAUGUGAACGCGUCUGACGCAGACAAUCUACUGCUGCAUUAUUCACACGUGAGCGCAGCGUGAACAGUGUUUGGUUUGUGCCUCGUUUCUCCGGAUCCUUCCGUUAAUCUCUUCCAUGUCGUGAAGCUGCAGGUUCGUUUGUUUGGUUGUGUUUGGUCACGACAAGAAAAACCACAACUGCUGCUGCUGCUGCUGCUGGUUAGAGCUCGUGCUCACGGAUUCCUCUUCCAUUUAAGUGAACAGACAAAAGAGAUUACGUGUGUGUGUUUGUGUGUGAGAGACCAGACUCCUUUACUGCAGGUCGCAUGACAGAUUAGACUUGACAGAUUACACGUCGACCAAUCACAGUUUGCCAAUUUUUGGAAUGGGGAUUAACUGGAAAAUUUGGGGGCGUGGCCUGAGUAGCCGUGGAAUAGCGUUGAUAUUUAGCCAUAUUUGUAUCAAAUGUGUUUGUUUUAGCAGAGAUUAUGCCACAGUAUAUUAUUUAGUACGAUAUUUAAAUUCCCAGCCUAAUGUGUCACUGUGAAGGAAACACUCGAGGGAAACUGUUCCACAACAUUCUGGCCUCUUCAUCGUGGUCACAUGACUGCAGAGCUCAGCUCCUAUUGGUCCAAACCAAACCACAGAGACAAACCCAAGCGGCGCCCUCUGUCUUCUGUGUGGGGCAUUGAUCACAUGCUGUAAUUUAAAGGGACCGUACGUGUGUCUGUACAAUGAACAUUUCAAUUUUUAAUCUCUCUAAAUAAAUAAUCGUCCUCGUCUUGAAACCUGCAGUUGUCGUGGAAACAGUAGAUUGUUGAGUUUCAUGUCCAGCUGGUCCAAAAAUCUCAAUCAAGUCGAUGAGUCAUCGAUGAACUCUCACAUUUCUCACUUCCUGCUCUUAUUUCCUGACAUUGUAGCUUGAGUUAAUCUGCAUUUAUCACUUUAAAUGAAAUCUGAGAAUAUUGCUGGGCGUACAUUUGUUCUGCAGAUUAUAAUCUAAUCUAAUAUAUAAUAUAAGGUUUGGUUAAUUACGGGUUUAUGGUGUCGAUCUGGGUUAAAUGUGCUGAUUUUUUUGUGGUUGGUUUUAAUCUUGUUUAUAAUCUGGUUUCAAUUUCGUUUAUAAAAUAGAUUCAAUCUUGUUUCAGUAUGAUUUAAACCUGGUUAUAAUCUGGUAUCUAUCUGGAUUAUAAUCCAGUUUCAACCUGGUUUAUAAUCUGGUCUAAACCUGUUUUUUUAUCUUGCUGGUUUCAGACUAGUUUAUAAACUGGCCUCAGUUUGGUCUUUAAUGUGGUUUUAUACUGGUGCCUGAUCUGGUUUGGGUCUGUCUCAUAAUCAUGUGGUUUCAAACUGGUUAAUAAUCUGGUUUUGUAUCAAUCUGAUUUGUAAUCUGGUCUCAUUCUGCUUUAAAAUCUGCCCUCAAUCUGCUUUAUAAUGUGGUUUGAUACUGGUGCGUAAUCUGGUUGGUUUGGCCAGGAUUCUAAUCUGGUCUGUGUCUGCUUCUUAAUCGUUUGGUUUCAGGCUGGUUUAAAACCUGGUUUUGGUCUAUUUCAUGCUCUGUUUUAUAAUCCGAUUUUUACCCACAAAAAAAACAACUCAUGAAGCAGAUAUAAUCUGGAUUACAGUGCAGUCCAUAUUCUCAGGUUUCAUGUCUUUUUGCUCACGUUGCUGAUUUUAGGAUUAUUUAGAUUCUCCUCUGAACAGCAUGACGACGUGUCGUUGCAUUCCUGAUGUUGCUCUCUGAUCUUCACUGUAACUGGUUUUGCUGCAAGAAAAAAAAGUACUAUUUUCAGUAACUAUGUUAUUUGUGUAAUAAAGUGUCUGCAAAGCA